CACAACAUGCCUGCACUUCACAAAAGAUGUGCAGAGAGAGAGAAAGAGAGAAAAAAAAAGUUUUUUUUUAUUCUCUCAUUCAUCAUCAUCAUCAUCUCUCUCUCUCUCUCUCGAGUAGAUUAGGCUUUUUCACCGGAGGCUACAAAUCUCACCUUCCCUAAGUUCACUCUCAAUAGACCCUUCCAUCAACGUUGUUGACAUGUUGUGGGCUCUGCUGAGUUUCUUUCUUAGCUGAUUUUCUCCGACUUCGAAGGCAUUCGAGAAAUUUGAAAUCGUUUUCGCCUUCGUUCACUAGCUUUUUUAACAGGGCCCAGAUCCUCUGGUUUUGACCUGUAACCCUUUUUUUUCCAUCUGAAGUUUCCAUAUUUUCCCGGGAUCUGUGUAUUUCGCCAUCCGGGUUUCUGGGACUGAGUUUGAGAAACGAAACCCAGAUCGAAUCCCGAGUUUCUUUAGACUUUUGUGGAGAUUUCCUCUGAUGGGUGUCGAAGAAUCUGAAGUUUUGGUUACAGAUUCAUGAGAUUUUUGGAAUCUCCCUUUCAUUCUCUGUGUUUAUGCUAAAGCCCGUUGGACCCGACAAUGGAUCCGAACUCAGCCCUGAUGACCCGCUCUGGAUCCGAGUUCCGCCGCCCAUUUAUCGGGAUUUAACUACCGCCGUCUCCGCCGUAAUCUCGCCGGGAAAUCUCACGACGGCGCCGAUGAAGCGUUCGUUUCGGCCUCUCUUCAGCGUUCUUUUCUUCGUGUCCCUCGCUGCAACGCUCACCUGCAGGGUCGCCAUUCGUCGGAGCAGCUUCUCCUUCAGCUCCGCCAUCGCGGAGCUCGGGACCUCCGGCCUCCUCAGGACUCCGGCGGCGGAUAAGCUGGUGUUCAACGAGACGUUGCUGGAAUUCGCCCGCAUUGAUCCCGGGGAACCGAAAAUCAGACAGGAGAUCGAUCUGAUAUCGGAUUACGACGAAGGUAGGAGAAGCCAUCGAAGGCAAUUCGCAGCUCGUGAAAACCGGAGAUUCUCUUCGCGAUUACCGGUAAUGCUUAGGUCCCCUCAGAUUUAUCGUUACUGGUCGGAAUUCAGAAGAAAUUUGCAGGUUUGGGCUCGUCGAAGGGCUUUUGAACCUAAUGUCAUGUCGGAUUUGAUCAGAUUGGUGAAGAAUCCGAUUGAGGCUCACAAUGGCGUGACCACUUCCAAGGAAAGUUAUUCCUCUUGUGCAGUGGUUGGCAAUAGUGGCAUUUUGCUGAAAACCCAUUACGGAGAUCUCAUUGAUGAUCAUGAGAUUGUGAUCAGAUUGAACAAUGCAAGAACACAGAGAUUCGAGAAGAUGGUUGGGUCGAAAACCAAUAUCUCAUUCAUUAACAGCAACAUUUUGCAUCUCUGUGUUCAAAGGAAAGGUUGCUACUGUCAUCCAUAUGGUGAAUCAGUGCCUAUAGUGAUGUAUAUAUGCCAACCGAUCCAUUUCUUGGAUUACACCGUGUGUAAACCGUCUCAUCACGUUCCGUUGAUCGUCACUGACCCGAGAUUCGACGUUCUAUGUGCUCGGAUAGUGAAGUAUUACUCGGUGAAGAGGUUCUUGGAAGAGAAGGGGAGAUCGUUUCUUGAAUGGAGUAAUGCUCACGAUGGCAGUUUGUUCCAUUACUCAUCGGGCAUGCAGGCCGUGAUGCUUGCUCUGGGAGUUUGCGAGAAAGUCAGCGUUUUCGGGUUCGGAAAAGCGGAUUCAGCCAAGCACCAUUACCAUACCAACCAGAAAGCCGAGCUGAAACUACACGACUAUGAAGCGGAAUACGACUUCUAUCGGGACUUGGAAAAGAAUCCGAGGGCCAUCCCUUUCUUGCCGGAAACCUUCAAGAUCCCUCCUGUUGUGGUUUACCAUUGAAAAAACUCUGGUUCUUGAUCUUGUUCCCCGUCUGUUAUGUGAAGUUUUUUUAGAUUUACAGAUUAGUUGACACACGAGCCAGA